UACUCAAGUGACCAUAAGCAAUGACGCGUUCCCCUUUGGGUAUGACACCACCACGUUCAACCACUGUCUGAGCGCUCAAGUAGUAAUGGACAAUCUGGCCACCCUGACUGAGAAGGUAGAUGAUGAUGACAUGCAAAAUGUCAUUUUGGAGAAGCUACACCAGGCGUACCCCAAAGGUCUCUCAGACCAGCAGGUUCAGGUGCUUCGGUCGGUGUCUCGCGUGGCUUCCAUGGAGCAGAUUAACAAGUGGAACAUCACUACAGUGGACACACUAGCAGCACUGAUGGACAAUGGCAAUGGAGAAUGGGACUCCGACAAAGCCAAAGUUAUUGUCACCAAGUUCUUAAGUGCUGGCAAUUUGCUUGGUGCCUCUGAACUGAAUUCAAUUGGAGGGCCUAACCUGUGCGCACUGGACCUCAGUGUGUUGCAAGGAAUCAGAAAUGACAGUCUCUGUGGUUGA